AUGAACAAAAUUAUAAAUAUUGAUGAAUGCAAGGAUAGUCAUCCGUGCCAGGGUGAUGAUCUUAAUACAACUAAUACAUGGAACAUUAGUAAUGCCAAAUUGCUACCAAAAAGUAGGCCUCGCUCUCAGCUCAAGCCUAUUCUCUCAGGUCUCGGUGCUGGUAUUGGACUGUUGUCAUUGCUUAGUGGUGCAUGGUGGGUAUACAAGUUUGUAAAGAAAUGGAAGAAGAUUAAACGUAAGGAGAUGUUUUACAAACGAAACGGUGGUCUAUUGCUAGAACAACAAUUAUCGUCAGGUGAUAUUAACGUUGAGAGAAUCAAAUUGUUCAAAUGCAAGGAGCUACAGAGGUCUACAAACAAUUUCAAUGCUGAUAGAAUUAUUGGCCAAGGGGGGCAAGAUACUGUUUAUAAAGGCAUGUUGAUGGAUGGAAGAAUUGUGGCUGUUAAAAAGUCAAAAAUUGUAGACAAGGCAAAACUUUCAGAAUUCAUCAAUGAGGUUGUCGUUCUUUCUCAAAUCAACCACAGGAACAUCGUUCAACUAUCGGGUUGUUGUCUAGAGACGGAAGUUCCUCUUUUGGUAUAUGAAUUUAUACUUAACGGAAACUUAUCUCAGAAAAUCCGUGAGCAGACAGAAGAAUUUCCACUUACAUGGGAGAUUCGUUUACGAAUUGCUACAGAAAUUGCAGGAGCUGUUUCCUACUUACAUGCUUCAUAAGCAGCUUCGUUUCCCAUUUAUCACAGAGACAUCAAGUCCACAAACAUACUCAUAGAUGACAAAUACAGAGCAAAAAUUGCUGAUUUUGGAACUUCAAGAUUAGUUGCCAUUGACCAAACUCACCUGACCACAAAUGUACAGGGAACAUUUGGUUAUUUGGAUCCUGAAUACUACCAAUCAAGCCAAUUCACUGAGAAAAGUGACGUCUACAGCUUUGGAGUGGUGCUUGUUGAGCUAUUGACCGGAAAAAAACCAGUAACAAGGUUAGCCGAAGACGAAACAUAUUUUAUUGUUUCGUUGCAGGAAGAUUCUCUAUUUGACAUUCUCGAUGCUCGAGUUGUGAAUGAAGGCUCCAAAGAUGGUAUUUUGGCAGUCGCUGAGCUUGCAAAACGAUGCUUAAAUUUGAAUGGAAGAAAUCGUCCUACUAUGAGGGAGAUCACAGCAGAGUUGGAGGCCAUUCAAUUAUCAGAGAAACCUGCCGACCCGCAUCAACAAAGUUGUGAAAGGGUUGAAUUUGGCCAAAAUUAUGGAAUUGAGCAGUGGGAUGAUGUUGUUUCUAGUUCAACAAUGUCAACUAGGGAAGGUUCUCCGACUCCAUCAUCAGUUGAACUUCCACUAGUUUCUAUGAAGACAUGUUAAAUAAUAUAUUUCUGGUACUGUAAAAUAUCUUCAAUUUGCUACCUUUGACAAUUUUAUGUUA